GUGGGAUUUGGCAACCCGUGGGUGUGUGUUUAGUGUAUGGUCUGAUCCACAGUCCGGGUUCUGCAGGUUCUGCUGGUGGUUCUGCUGGUUCUCCGGGUUCUGAUGGUUCUGGACUGAUCGCGGAUAUACAGGCGGUUCGGUUUUGGAUCCGGAAUUAAAUAAAGCGACUCAGACCGAGCAGAGUACGCUCCGGUACCGGGUUCAGCGCUGUGCGCACAGGCUGAUAGUUCUGCACCUGCGCAGAUCAGACUCCAACACCGGCUCCAGUGCGGCCGGCUGUGUGGCGGUACAGGUUGUACAGAUGCCAGGUGACCUCUGACCCGUGACCUCAAGGCCAUGAUCAGAGUUACGCUGUGAAGCCAUGUCUCAGAGGAACAUCGCCGGAGAUAUCCUGCACCGGCAGAUCCGGGAGAACCGGGCUCUGGGAUUUCAGAGACAUUAUCAUGUGACUGAUCCCUUUAUAAAGCGCCUCGGCCUGGAGGCGGAGCUAGAGGGUCACUCAGGCUGUGUGAACUGUCUGGAAUGGAACGAGAGAGGAGACUUGUUGGCGUCCGGUUCCGAUGAUCAGCACGCCAUCGUGUGGGAUCCUCUCCGACACAAGAAGCUCAUCACUAUGCACACAGGUCAUGCAGCUAACAUCUUCUCAGUGAAGUUCCUGCCGCACUCCGGAGAUCGGAUAUUGGUGACGGGAGCUGCCGAUACCAAAGUGCACGUUCACGACCUGACGGCCAAGGAGACCAUCCACAUGUUCUCCGACCACACCAACCGCGUCAAGCGCAUCGCUACCGCCCCCAUGUGGCCCAACACCUUCUGGAGUGCGGCGGAGGACGGCAUCAUCAGGCAGUAUGAUCUGAGGGAGAGCAGUAAGCGAUCGGAGGUAUUGAUCGAUCUGACGGAGUACUGCGGGCAGCUGGUGGAGGCUAAGUGUUUAGCCGUGAACCCGCGGGACAACAACUACCUGGCGGUGGGAGCUAACGGCCCGUUCGUCCGGCUCUACGACAUCCGGAUGAUCCACAACCACAGGAAGUCUGCGGGUCAGAGUGUAUCUGCUGGAGUUCACACCUUCUGCGAUAAACAGAAGCCCAUUCCGGAUGGAGCCGGACAGUACUACGUAGCAGGUCAUCUCCCUGUGAAGCUUCCAGACUAUAAUAACCGGCUGAGGGUUCUGGUGGCCACCUACGUCACCUUCAGUCCGGACGGGACGGAGCUGCUGGUGAACAUGGGUGGAGAGCAGGUGUAUCUGUUUGAUCUAACGUUUAAACAGAGGCCGUACACCUUCCUACUGCCCAAGAAGUGCCAUUCCUCAUCAGAGGUGCAGAACGGGAAAACCACCAAUGGCGUGUCCAACGGAAUCCAUCUACCCACCAGCCGACUCAAACUGGCUAAUAGCAAAGCUUCCAGUGCGGCGGAGUUACCCCCGCGGUUGGAGAGAAUAAAGCAGCAGGCUAAUGAUGCGUUUGCGAGGCAGCAGUGGACUCAGGCCAUCCAGCUCUACAGUCUGGGUAUCCACGCCGCCGGCCACCACGCCAUGCUGUACGGCAACCGCGCCGCCGCCUACAUGAAGCGCAAGUGGGACGGGGAUCAUUACGACGCUCUGAGGGACUGUCUGAAGGCGCUGGCGCUGAACCCCGGGCACCUGAAGGCUCAUUUCCGGUUGGCGCGCUGUCUGUUCGAGCUGAAGUACGUGGCGGAGGCUCUGGAGUGUCUGGAUGAUUUUAAGGGUAAAUUUCCGGAGCAGGCUCACAGCAGCGCCUGCAGCGCCCUGGAUAAAGAUAUUAAAGCUGCCCUCUUCUCCAAAUCCGACUCGGCGGAGGAGAAGAAAGGAAACAGCUCCAUCCGUUUCCACAACUUCAGCCGUAAAGAGUCGAUCCCGGAGGACGAGAUCAUUCUGAGAGAACGAAGCUUCGACUACAAGCAUCGAUACUGCGGACACUGCAACACCACCACCGACAUCAAAGAGGCCAACUUCUUCGGCAGUAAAGGUCAGUACAUCGUGAGCGGGUCUGAUGACGGCUCGUUCUUUAUCUGGGAGAAGGAGACGACUAAUCUGGUUCGGAUUCUUCAGGGAGACGAGUCGAUAGUGAACUGCCUUCAGCCGCAUCCCAGCUACUGCUUCCUCGCCACCAGCGGCAUCGACCCCGUCGUCCGGCUCUGGACCCCCCGACCCGAGGCGGAGGUGGAUAACGGGCGUGUGGUGGAGGAUAUGGAGGGGGCGGCGCAGGCCAAUCAGAGGCGGAUGAACGCUGAUCCUCUGGAGGUGAUGCUGCUGAACAUGGGCUACAGAAUCACCGGCCUGAGCAGCCGCGGCCCCGACGCCUCCGACGACGAGGACAGCACCGAGGGGCAGGUGCAGUGCCGGCCCAGCUAGAACCUGCCACCUGCCACCCGCAGCGCGAGAGAGCGUGUGUGUGUGUGUGUGUGUGUGUGUGUGUGUGUGUGUAUGAAUGUGUGUGUGAGGAGGGGAAAUGCACCAUAGAUAUUCUGAGUGUGUAUUUGUGACUGAACAGCGCCCCCUGGGAGAGGAACGGAGAACUUCAGCCUGAAGAGGUUCCCAAGCCCCGCCCCCUACUGUACUGGAGCCACGCCCCCAUCAGCGAGCACAUCCUGAUACACAGCCUGACUCCUGCAUUAAAGGAGAACUCUGGUGUAAAAUG